AUGUCAGGCUCUGGGAGAAAAGACUUCGAUGUGAAGCACAUCCUGCGACUCCGCUGGAAACUCUUCAGCCACCCGUCGCCAGCCCCAGGCGGCCCGGCGGGGGGCGGCUGCCUGCAACAGGACGGCAGCGGCAGCUUCGAGCACUGGGGCCCCAGUCAGAGCCGCCUGCUCAAAAGCCAAGAGAAGGGCAGCGUGAGCACUUUCUGGAAGAAACCUUCCUCUUCUUCCUCCUCUCCUUCGUCUUCCUCCCCUUCGUCUUCCUCCUCUUCCUUUAAUCCACUGAAUGGCACCCUGCUGCCAGUGGCCACAAGGUUGCAGCAAGGGGCGCCGGGGCAGGGCACCCAACAGCCAGCCAGGACUCUCUUCUACGUGGAGUCUCUAGAGGAGGAGGAGGAGGUGCCAGGCAUGGACUUUCCUGGACCACACGAUAAAGGGCUGGUCCUGCAAGAGCUCAAAGUGGAGCCGGCCAACUCAAGCCAGGCAACAGGUGAAGGAUGUGGACACAGGUUGUCAGCAACUAGCCAUUCACUGACACCUCAAAGUGAUAUGGACUCCAGUAGCUCUGAAGAAUUCUAUCAGGCCGUUCACCAUGCUGAGCAAACCUUCAGAAAAAUGGAAAGUUAUUUGAAACAACAGCAACUCUGUGAUGUUAUCCUCAUUGUUGGGAACCGAAAGAUACCUGCGCACAGGCUUGUCCUGAGCUCAGUCUCCGACUAUUUUGCUGCCAUGUUUACAAGUGAUGUUUGUGAAGCCAAACAAGAGGAGAUCAAGAUGGAAGGCAUAGACCCCAAUGCCCUCUGGGACCUUGUCCAGUUUGCAUAUACAGGUUGCUUGGAGUUAAAGGAAGACACCAUUGAAAACCUUCUUGCUGCAGCGUGCCUUCUUCAGCUCCCUCAAGUAGUAGAAGUGUGCUGCCACUUCCUCAUGAAGCUGUUGCACCCAUCCAACUGUUUGGGGAUCCGAGCCUUCGCAGAUGCUCAAGGAUGCAUUGAAUUAAUGAAGGUGGCCCACAGCUACACAAUGGAAAACAUAAUGGAAGUUAUGAGAAAUCAAGAGUUUUUACUGCUUCCAGCUGAGGAGCUCCAUAAACUCCUGGCCAGCGAUGAUGUAAAUGUCCCUGAUGAAGAAACCAUCUUCCAUGCAUUAAUGAUGUGGGUCAAGUAUGACAUGCAGAGGAGAUGCAACGACUUGAGUAUGCUUCUUGCCUUUAUAAGACUGCCACUGCUUCCGCCACAGAUAUUGGCUGACUUAGAAAACCAUGCAUUAUUUAAGAAUGAUCUGGAAUGUCAAAAACUGAUUCUGGAAGCAAUGAAAUAUCAUCUAUUGCCAGAAAGAAGAACUUUAAUGCAAAGUCCAAGAACUAAACCUAGAAAAUCUACAGUUGGAACUCUGUAUGCUGUAGGAGGAAUGGAUAACAACAAAGGAGCUACAACCAUAGAGAAAUAUGACCUCAGAACAAAUUUGUGGAUCCAGGCAGGAAUGAUGAAUGGCAGGAGACUGCAGUUUGGUGUGGCUGUUAUUGAUGACAAACUCUUUGUAAUUGGAGGUCGAGAUGGCUUAAAGACAUUGAACACUGUUGAAUGUUACAAUCCCAAAACCAAGACUUGGACUGUCUUACCACCAAUGUCAACACAUAGACAUGGUCUAGGUGUAACAGUUCUUGAAGGCCCUAUUUAUGCUGUGGGAGGCCAUGAUGGCUGGAGCUAUCUGAAUACAGUGGAGAGGUGGGACCCCCAGAGUCAGCAAUGGACAUUUGUAGCCAGUAUGUCCAUUGCCCGAAGUACAGUUGGUGUAGCGGCUUUGAAUGGCAAGUUAUAUUCAGUUGGAGGUCGUGAUGGAAGUUCCUGUUUGAGUUCAAUGGAAUACUAUGAUCCUCAUACAAAUAAGUGGAACAUGUGUGCUCCAAUGUGUAAGAGGAGAGGAGGUGUUGGAGUGGCCACGUGCGAUGGUUUUCUCUAUGCAGUAGGAGGUCAUGACGCUCCUGCUUCAAAUCACUGUUCCAGGUUACUAGAUUAUGUAGAAAGAUAUGAUCCCAAAACAGACACAUGGACCAUGGUGGCUCCUUUGAGUAUGCCCAGAGAUGCUGUUGGAGUCUGUCUCCUUGGUGACAGAUUAUAUGCCGUUGGUGGCUAUGAUGGGCAGACAUACCUCAACACUAUGGAAUCCUAUGAUCCACAAACAAAUGAGUGGACACAGAUGGCUUCUUUGAAUAUUGGGAGAGCAGGUGCCUGUGUGGUAGUCAUCAAGCAACCUUGACUUAUUUUUAUUUGGAGAGAUUUUAUUUGCUGGAGUGGUUAUUUUUAUAACAGAGAGCAAGAAUGAGAAUUUCCUGAGAUGAAAAUUCUUCAAGAACAAGGAUUUCUGUAGAUUUACCUACUGAUG